UGGAGUUUUCUUCAGCCUUCUUCCAAUUAGAAUUUCUGCAACUGUAUCUGAAGUUUCCCCAAUCCAGUGAUUCCAAUUUCCACACACAUUCCUACCAAGGCUCUUAAAAAGACCAUAUUCAUACUCUUAACAAUAGCAUCAAAAUCAAAGUCAAGUCUUGAAUCAGCAAUGAUCACUGAUGUACCUUCUUCUUCUUCCUCUCCCUCUCCCACCGUCAAGACCCGUAGAUGGAUCAACCAUGUAUUCAUCAGUUUCAGGGGUGAAGACACCAGAAAAGGCUUCACAGAUCACCUUUAUGCUGCACUGGAAAGAAGGGGUUGUAUCAAAACUUUCAAGGAUGAUCAUGACCUUGAGAGUGGGGAAAUCAUAUCUGAAGGGCUCAUCAAGGGAAUUCAAGAGUCCAUGUUUGCGCUUGUUGUCCUCUCACCAAACUAUGCUUCCUCAAGAUGGUGCUUGGAUGAGCUGCAAAACAUCAUUGAGUGCAGGGAAAAGUUUAACCAAGUGGUUUUUCCUAUCUUCUAUGGUGUAGAAUCCUCUGAUGUAAGGUAUCAGAGAGGAACCUUUGAAGAAGCUUUCAGAAAACAUGAAGAGAGGUUCAAGGAAGAGAAGGGGAAAGUCGAAAGAUGGAGAGAUGCAUUGCAAAAAGUUGCAAGUUAUUCCGGUUGGGACUCCAAAGAUAGGUGCUCAAAAACCGAUAAGCAUCUGCUAAUGACACAUGACGUGCAUCAGACUUGUGAGCUUGAAGGCUUAGUUCAGGAAGAAGCCCUUCAUUUAUUGUGUCUGAAAGCUUUUAAACAAGAUCAACCCAAAAGCCAAUAUCAGAAUUUGUGCAGCAAAGUGGUUCAAUACACAAGAGGCCUUCCAUUGGCACUUGAAGUAUUGGGAUCCCAUCUUUGUGGAAGAACUCCUGAGGCUUGGGAUAGUGCUUUAAAGCAAUUAAGAAGUUCUCCACACCCUGAAAUCCAAAAUUCAUUGAAAAUAAGUUUUGAAAGUUUGGCUAGCACAGAGAGAGAAAUGUUUUUGGAUAUUGCUUGUUUCUUCAAAGGCAUGAACAAGGAUGAAGUAGUAAAAGUGUUAGAAAAUUGUGGUCAUUUUCCACAAAUUGGAAUUGAAAUUUUGAUUGAAAAAUCUUUCGUCACUCUUGGUUGGGGUAAUAAAUUGGAAAUGCAUGAUUUACUUGAAGAAAUGGGAAAGAAUAUAGUGUUUCAAGAAUCUCCAAAUGAUCCAGGAAAACGUAGUAGAUUGUGGUCUCAUGAUGACAUCAGCCGUGUGUUGACACAAAAUAAGGGAACUGAAGCAAUUCAAGCAAUAGUACACUAUACUCGAGAAAAUGAAGCAAGAUGGAGCUCUGAAGCUUUCUCCAAGACCAGCAACAUAAGGUUGCUAAAGAUACGUAAUCCGUGUCGUCUUUCCCAUGGCCUUGAUUGCCUUCCUUAUGCACUCAGAGUUCUUGACUGGCUAGGAUGCCCUCUGAAAACUCUGCCACUUACUGAUCAGCUGGAUGUUGUUGACAUCAAUUUGUCUUGGAGCAAAAUUAAACAACUUUGGCACGGAAAAAAGAUUUUACAUAAGUUGAAGUGCAUCAACUUGAGUUUUUCCCAGAACCUUAACCAAACCCCUGACUUUGUGGAGGUUCCGAAUCUCGAAUCGUUAGAUCUUGGAGGCUGUAAAAGGUUAACCAAAAUCCAUUCAUCUGUUAUGCACCUCAAGAAACUUGUUCAAUUGAACUUAGAAGGCUGCAAAAGGCUCAAAGCUCUUCCAGGUAAAAUGGAGAUGAGUUCAUUAAAGGUUUUAAAUCUUUCUGGUUGCUCAAACAUGAACACCAUCCCAGACUUUGGGAAUUGCAUGGGACAUCUAGAAGAGCUUCGUUUGGAUGGAACUGCUGUAACAGAGCUACCUUCAUCAUUAGGAUGUCUGGUUGGACUUGUUCUUUUGCAUUUACAGAAUUGCAGGUAUCUUGUUUGCCUUCCGGAUACCAUUCAUAAGUUGAAGUCCCUCAAAGUUCUUAAUGUUUCUUAUUGCUCGAAACUCCGUAGCUUGCCAGAGUGCCUACAGGAAAUGAAUAAUCUGGAAGUACUUUAUGCAAUCAAUACUGCCAUUGAAGAACUACCUUUAUUUUUAUGUUAUCUAGAAAACAUCAAAGUAGUGUCAUUUGCUGGUUGCAAAGAGUCAACAUCCGUGUUAAAUUGCUUUCGAGUUCCAUCUGCUGUUUGCCGUCCAUCCCUUUUGAUAAGGUUAGAUUUAAGUUAUUGCAAUCUACUUGCUGAAUCAAUACCAGAUGGUUUUUGUGGCAUAUCGCUGAGGGAUUUGGAUCUUUCUGGCAACAACUUUGUUAACCUACCAAGCGACAUUUCCAAACACUCUACGCUUGAAUAUCUCUGUCUAAACUCGUGCAAGAAGCUUCAGUCAUUGCCUGAGCUUCCAUUAAGCAUAAAAAGAAUAGAUGCAACCAACUGUUCCUCAUUGGUAGCUUCUGUACAAUGGCACUUACCAAGAGAACGGAAGGGGAUUUGCUUUCCGAGAACACGAUUCGACAUGCUUAUCACAGGCAAUGAAAUUCCAUCAUGGUUUGCACCUCAAAAGUCCUCUUCCUUUGCAGAAAUACCAUUUCCUCAUCCUUCUCCUCCAACUGAAUGGCUGGGAUUUGCUCUGUGUUUCUUGCUGGUAGCGGAUCGGCCUCUGAAGUAUUACCAUACAUGGAUCACUUGUUACACGGCAACACAAACAUCAGCCAACAAAAUAAUGGUACCGGAUAAAGAUGAUUGGAGGGCUGAGUCUCACGUGAUCACCAGGAUUGUUCCUCUUAUGGAGCCAAAACUACCUCACCUUUACAUUCUCUUUCUGUCCGUUGGAGAAUACCUUGAAAGAAUGCAUACAGGUUAUGGGUUUGGUUUGACGUGUUGGCCUGAGAACGACGGUUCAUUGAGAAUAGUGCAGGCUGGGUGUCGUCUGGUGUGCAAGGAAGAUGUUCAAGAUAUUUAUGGAAAUCAUUCCCAUACUUCCUCUGUAGGGCCUAAUAAAAAACAAACAAAAAAGAAACAAUCGUGAUGGGCCAAACCCAUAACCUUUCUUUCUUUUUGUUCUACUCCAACGGCACACACAAACACUAAAAAAAAAAGAACUUUAAUGCAGCAAUACACACGUGUGGGCGAGUAUGUAAUGCCUAUGUUGUUGUUGUGGUUGUUGUGUGGACAAGAAAUUUGAAUUUUAUUUAAGAAUUUAUUAUAUGUAUA